AUGGAAUACCUCACGGGUACAAUCUCGGGCAUUUCUACCAAAUCGACCGUCUUGACUAUCUUGGUUUCUUACGCCGUAUAUGCCAUUAUCAACAGUCUAACACAAUCACAACGUCGUCGUGCUCUGGCCAAGAAGCUUAAUUGCGAACAUCCCCCUGCCGAAAAGAAUGAUCUUCCUCUCGGCAUUGAUCAAGUGACUCGAGCUCUUAACUCCCUCGCAGUGAAGACUUUCCCUCCUGACACUCAAAAGAAAUACAAAGAAAUAAAUGCUCUUACUUAUAGCAAUUCGAUUCUUGGUAACGCUGGCUUUGCAACUAUUGACGAAAACAAUAUUAAAGCAAUGCUCGGAACACAAUUCCCUGACUUCGAUUUGGGUGCUCCAAGGAUUGAUAAUUUUAUGCCAUUCCUAGGCCCUGGUAUAUUUGCACAAGAUGGGAAGGAUUGGGAACGAUCAAGAGCUCUCAUGAGACCACAAUUUGCGAGGGAUAAUUUAAGUGAUUUGAAAAUGGAAGAAAAGCACGUACAAGUCCUGCUAAAGGCGCUACCUGAAAUUGAAAAGGAUGGCUGGUCGGGCGAAGUGGAUAUUCAACCAUUACUGUUUCGAUUCACGUUAGAUACGGCAACGGAAUUUCUCUUAGGUCAGAGUGUUGAGAGUCAACGUGCGGGAAUAGAAGCUACUUCUGGUGUAAAGAGUGAGGAGACAGAUGUAGAGGCUUUUGCGAGGGAAUUCGAUAUUGGCACCAUGAUCAUGGCGAAGAGAUCCAGAUUUGCUCCAUAUAGUUGGCUGGUGUGGCCAAGAGGUUUCAGCAAGGCCAUCAAAACCUGCCAUCGAGUCAUCGAUCGAAUCAUAGCCGAACAUCUCACGAAGUUAGAGAAAGCUGAAGAAGUCAGCAAUCCAGACCGCUACAUCUUUUUCGAAGCGUUAGCAGAGCAAACCCGAGAUCCAAUAGAACUACGUGUACAGGUCUUGAACAUCCUCCUCGCAGGUCGGGAUACAACAUCAUCUCUCCUUGGUUUUACUAUACUCGCACUGGCCCGAGAUCCCGCAUGCUACCAAAAAUUGCGAAAGUUAAUACUGGAAGAAUUCGGCACGUUCAAUGAGCCGAAAAAUAUCACAUUUUCGAAUAUCAAGACUUGUAGAUAUCUUCAGUGGGUCUUGAACGAAUCGCUAAGAGUAUAUCCCGUAGUGCCAUGGAACUUCAGAGUGGCAAACAAAGAUACAACAUUGCCGCGUGGUGGGGGUAAAGAUGGAAAGAGCAAGGUUUUUGUGAAAAAGGGGGCGGUGGUAGAGUACAGUGCUUUUGCGUUGCAUAGACGAGAAGACCUUUGGGGUACGGACGCGAAUGAGUUUAAGCCGGAGAGAUGGGAUGGAAGGAAAGUAGGUUGGGAAUAUUUGCCGUUCAAUGGUGGUCCUCGCAUCUGCCUGGGCCAACAAUAUGCACUCACAGAAGCCAGUUUCUUUCUCAUCAGAUUACUGCAGAAAUUUGAUCAGAUAAAAAGUGUUGACACGGAGGAAGUUACGUUUAACUUGACGUUGACUAUGUGUAGUGGUAAUGGGGUUAAGAUUAAGUUGCAUGAGGCUGGGGUGUGA